AUGGCCACUUGCAAAAGCGUAGUUUGCAACCCACCAAGUCUCCGCAGUAUUGAAGUUAUACCAGCACGAAAAGAAUUGAUAGAAAAAUGUACAGAGCUGAUUAUAACCCAAGAUCAAAUGCAAACAUAUAUGAAAUCAUUUUUAGACAAUAUUGAGAGGGGAUUGAAAAUGGAUACACAUCCUACUUCUAUAGUAAAAUGUUUCCCAACUUACGUUCAGAAUUUACCCGACGGAUCGGAAACAGGAAAAUACCUUGCUUUAGAUCUAGGUGGAAGUAAUUUCAGAGUCCUUUUGGUAGAGCUCGCGAACAAAUCUUACACAAUGGAUCAGAAAAUAUACAGUAUACCACAGGAGACUAUGACAGGACCCGGUGAAGAAUUAUUCGAUUUCAUAGCCACAUGCUUAUCAGAGUAUACUACGGAAAAGGGAGUAAACAACGAUAAUCUUCCCUUAGGAUUCACCUUCAGUUUUCCAUUAGAACAGAAAGGUCUUAAGGUAGGCAUCCUCGAACGGUGGACUAAAGGAUUUAGCUGCGAUGGAGUGAUAGGUAAUGACGUGGUUCAACUUUUAGAAGAAGCUAUCGCCCGACGUGGAGAUGUUACGAUAAACGUAGCAGCUGUUGUCAACGAUACUACUGGUACGUUAAUGGCAUGCGCCUUCAAAGAUCCGAAUUGUAAAAUAGGUCUCAUAGUCGGUACUGGUACCAAUGGUUGCUACGUAGAGAAGCAAUCUAAUGCUGAAUUAUUUGACGAACCAGACGAAGGUUCUGGUGUUGUUAUAAUAAAUUUAGAGUCUGGUGCAUUCGGUGAUGAUGGUGCUUUAGAUUUUUGUAGAACACAAUACGAUAUAGAUGUUGACGCCAAUUCAAUCAAUCCUGGUAAACAAUUACACGAAAAAAUGAUAUCAGGGAUGUAUUUAGGAGAACUUGUUAGAUUAGCAGCUGUUAGAUUCACUAACGAAGGUAUCAUGUUCGGUGGUACACUCUCAGAUGAUUUCAAUACCCCUGAUAAAUUUGAAACUAAGUUCGUUUCUGAGAUAGAAUCAGAUCCACCGGGUAAUUUCACUAAAGUAAAAGAAAUUUGUGAUAGUUUAGGGAUGACGGAUGCCACCGAACAAGAUUAUAAUGAUCUAAAAUAUUUGUGUCAAUGUUUUUCUAGAAGAGCUGCUGUAUUAGUGUCUUGUUUGAUUACGACUUUAAUCAGAAAAAUGCAGUCCCCUCAAACAACUGUUGGUAUUGAUGGUACCCUAUAUAAAAACCAUCCGCAUUUUCACGAUAUUAUAAUGCAGCAAGUUUCGGAGCUUCUUCAACCAGAUCCAUAUACAUGUAAAGUGAUGUUAUCUGAAGAUGGUAGUGGGAUUGGUGCAGCUCUGAUAGCUGCACUAGCAGUUAAAGGUGGUGACGCACCUGAUGCUGGCGAAGGAGGCGAAGAAGGUGGAGAAGGAGGUGGUGAAGAAGGUGGUGAAGGAGAAGCUGAAGGUUAA